GCUGGAGGAUAGGCAAAGGGGGUGGCGUAGUGAGAGCCCUCGCUUCGGAAUCGGGCUUUUUAUAUAGCAUUUUGCUUUCAUUUAUAUCGUUAUUUAAUUGUUGUUUGAGGUUUCUGUCUGUGGCGAAGAUGACGCAGGCAACGGAAAACAAGAGGUUUUUUGAAAAUCUCACCGGCGCCGGGAAAGCCAUCGCUGUCCUCACGAGUGGUGGUGAUGCUCAAGGUAUGAAUGCAGCUGUGAGGGCUGUUGUCCGUAUGGGAAUCUAUGUUGGUGCAAAGGUCUAUUUCAUACAUGAGGGCUAUCAGGGUAUGGUGGACGGGGGUGAUAACAUUAAAGAGGCCACGUGGGAGAGUGUCUCCAGCAUGCUUCAAGUGGGGGGCACAGUCAUCGGCAGUGCCCGCUGCAAAGACUUCCGCGGGCGCGAGGGUCGCCUGAAGGCGGCGUACAACCUGGUGCAGCACGGCAUCACCAACCUGUGUGUGAUCGGGGGCGACGGCAGCCUGACGGGAGCCAACCUCUUCAGGGAGGAGUGGAGCGGCCUGCUGGCCGAGCUGGUGGACCAAGGUCUUAUUGACAAUGAGGCGGUGGAGCGCUAUUCCGCCCUGCACAUCGUGGGCAUGGUGGGCUCCAUUGACAACGACUUCUGUGGCACUGACAUGACAAUCGGAACCGACUCGGCUCUUCACAGAAUCAUCGAGGUGGUGGACGCCAUCAUGACCACUGCCCAGAGCCACCAGAGGACAUUUGUGCUCGAGGUCAUGGGCCGGCAUUGUGGCUACCUGGCCCUGGUGAGUGCGCUGGCGUGUGGUGCUGACUGGGUGCUGAUUCCUGAGAUGCCCCCUGAGGACGGCUGGGAGGAGAAGAUGUGUGAGAAGCUCUCUGCGACGCGAUCCAGAGGCUCCAGGUUGAACAUUAUUAUAGUGGCAGAGGGAGCCCUCGACAGACAUGGGAAGCCCAUAACCUCUAGCUUGGUCAAGGAUCUGGUCGUGCGUAGCCUGGGCUUUGACACCCGUGUGACCAUCCUGGGGCACGUCCAGCGCGGUGGCACACCCUCUGCCUUCGACAGGAUCUUGGCCAGUCGUAUGGGCGUGGAGGCGGUGAUGGCUCUGCUGGAGACGACGGCCAACACGCCGGCCUACGUGGUGUCCCUGUGUGGGAACCAGUCGGUGCGCCUGCCCCUCAUGGAGUGCGUGCAGAUGACCCAGGAGGUGCAGAAGGCCAUGGACGAGAAGAGGUUUGAGGAGGCAGUCAAACUGCGCGGCAGGAGUUUUGAGAACAACCUGAAGACUUACAAACUGCUGGCUCACCGCAAGCCAGAAUCCGAGCUUCCUGUCAGUAAUUUUAACGUGGCGGUGUUGAACGUGGGUGCCCCAGCAGCGGGCAUGAAUGCAGCGGUACGCUCUGCCGUCAGGGUGGGCAUCUCUGAGGGUCACAAGAUGUUCGCUGUCAACGACGGCUUUGAAGGCUUCUCCAAGGGACAGCUCAGAGAAAUCAAGUGGGCCGAUGUUGGGGGUUGGACAGGCCAAGGAGGCUCUCUGUUAGGUACAAAGCGAACGCUUCCAGCAAAACAUUUAGACAAAAUUGCAGAACAGAUCAGCAAAAAUAACAUCAACGCCCUGCUCGUCAUCGGUGGUUUCGAGGCCUACCUGGGACUAAUGGAGUUGUUAGCGGCCCGCGGGAAAUAUGACGAGUUCUGUGUGCCCAUGAUUAUGGUGCCCGCCACAGUCUCCAACAAUGUUCCGGGCUCAGAGUUCAGCAUUGGCGCAGACACCGCGCUGAACGCCAUCACGGACACGUGCGACCGCAUCAAGCAGUCGGCCAGCGGUACGAAGCGCCGCGUGUUCAUCAUCGAGACGAUGGGUGGCUACUGUGGCUACCUGGCCAGCGUGGGCGGGCUGGCGGCCGGCGCCGACGCAGCCUACAUCUACGAGGAGCCCUUCGACAUCCGAGACCUACAGUCUAAUGUGGAGCACUUGACUGACAAAAUGAAGACCAGUAUUCAGAGAGGACUCGUGUUGAGGAAUGAGAACAGCAAUGACAACUACACCACAGACUUUAUCUACCAGCUCUACUCAGAGGAGGGCCGGGGAGUCUUCGACUGCCGGAAGAACGUGCUCGGCCACAUGCAACAGGGAGGUGCGCCGUCUCCGUUCGACCGCAACUUCGGGACCAAGAUAGCGGCCAAGGCCAUGCAGUGGAUUACCAAGAAGCUGGGGGAGACCUACAGACAAGGGAGAGUGUUUGCCAACACGGAGGACUCGGUUUGUUUACUGGGCAUGCGCCGACGCGCUCUCGUCUUCCAGCCCGUGGUGCAGCUCAAGGACGAGACGGACUUCAUUCACCGCAUCCCCAAGGAGCAGUGGUGGCUGAAGCUGCGUCCCCUGAUGAAGAUCUUGGCGAAGUACAAGACCAGUUUCGACGUCUCCGACUCGGGCCAGCUGGAGCAUGUGCUGCGCAAGCGGCCCAAAGACCUGGACGCCUCCACUAUCUAAGAGCCCCCCCAACCCCCUCGCAGAGGUCAGAGGUCAUGGGGCCAGAGGGCAGAUGGAGGAAGGGCAGAGAAGGCAAAGGCGUCUGUGCCGAGACAUGCAGACAACGUGUUCGAUCUUUAGUGUAACCGUAACCCAACACUUUUACGUCAUUUCGUCACGUUGUUAAACGUCGUCACCCCCCCACCACCUUCUUCUUUUUAUUUUGUUCUCAUUGACGUUAAACGUAGGUGAAGAAAAAAAACCAAUAUGCCAAUGGCCAGUCCAGUUGAAGUUGUAACUCCUCCUUUUCGCGCGCUUUUUUCGUUGUCUUCUUCUCACCCCUACUGCUACUGUGGAGGAUUGACACAUGCAUAGUAGUUACAUGAAAUGUCAAAUCCCAUAAAAAGCUGCACUUUCUCCCGUGACAAUAGAUAUAAUGAAGGUAGUGUUCCCUCCACCUGUCCCCCCGUGUGUGAUGAAGACCACCAUAUUUAACUGUUGUUGUGAGGCCGAAUCCCAUGCUCUCCCAUAACAGAAGCACAGUGUGAUGUGUGAAAGUGUUUUCCAUCAUCCAUAAAAAAGGAUACAUAUAGUAUGUUGCCAUUUGUUUGCUUGAAUAAUAAAUCAUGUGCACAUAA